UGAGAUGAUGUCUUAUUGUGGACAGGAUCAACCUCCCUGAAGUGUGGGAUGAUUCCCCAACCAUAGCCCUACUAACCCAAAUUGAAUCAAUUAUUACCAAAGCGGGAAGAGUGCCUUAUCGGAGUGGCACCACUUUCUUACUGAACAACCACCCAUGUCUGUGUUCCCCAGGGACGGACCAGCUCCUCUGACUCAUGUAACUGACUCUCACAAUAAACAGCUCAGACACCAGAAACAAUAACAGCAGGUUUCAGCAUCUUCUCCUCCCUCCCUCUCCCGAAAGUGGCGGAAUCGCAAAACGAACUUGAACUACUCUCAGAGAUGAUACGACGAUUGGGUGUCUUCGCUGCUCGAACGGGCGGCCGGGAGCGGUGUUCCUCUCAUUCCUGCGUUCUCAGCUUCAUAGACCGUUUUUCGCAUUGAGCACCAUAUUUGCUGUCAAAAGAUCGAGUGCAAACUGCUCGCGCUUUCAUAUAGCAGGCUUAGAGCGGCGACAGGUUCCCUCGUACGGUACCGUCUUACACUUUCGCCCCUCUCAGGAAGACAGCACCUGCCCCAAGUGGUAGAGCUUAGAAAAAAAAAUCUUGUCGGAUGUGAGUCGAUGGCUCUUAGCCAUUCUCGCCUUCCGCUCUCGUAAGCGUGUUGAAAGGCAUGCUGAGCCUGGGUCUUCGAGGAGUAGAUGGAUGGAGGUUACUGCAGGUGCAGCCGUAACAGUCAUCGGCUGGCCAUCUACAAAAAAUGUCUCAAUCGGGAACAUACUAUCACAGACCCUUCUUCCAGGCACAAAACACGAAUGAGACACUGUCGUUUGUCUCACCUGUCGAAGGCAGCGGCCGGUAGUGUACGGCUUCCUGAAGGACGUGAUAGUUGAAGUUCCUGUUUGUGAACGAGCGUCCUGCAGACUCAAUUGCUGUCGAAAGGCUGACGAGGUGCAAGAAAUCAAUCCAUCGGCACGCAAGAAUGGGACAAGCGGAUCCUAUACCGAAGCCCAUCAGAAAAUUACCCAAAUUGCAUGUUCGUCUUUUCCGGUCGUCACAAGGUCGUUCGUCUUAUCCUUUGAAUAUUACUUUCCGCGGUCCCUCUGCAUUCCAUAGGCAGGCUGUUACUCCCCCUAACCCAGAAGAAUUCCCUGGCCAAAGUUGGACCUGCAGUCCGGCUGAUGGUCGCGGUGGGCACGUUUCCCCAUGGAGUUCGACACUCGCCUGAUGGAGUGGAGCGCGAAGCCGAUUUUCGAGCUGCUUAACACGUUCCCACCUUGUUAAACAGGUGCCUUUAUGGGCAUCCAGUGACCAAAUAUAUCCCAUCAGAAAAUGACGCGAAAUCUGGCCCGCUUUCCGCCGGGGAUGAUACAGUGUGUAUCAUCAAAAGCAGGGACAUCUUCGCGCGCAGCUAUGCGCACAUACCAGAGAACUGGAUCUCCGAGCCACUGAGUCGCACAAAGACCCACGCGUAUCCGGCUUGGCGGCGGGGGCCAUGUGCUCCACUCAGAGGCUUUCGUCCAACUUUCUGCCAAGCAUCGUAUCUGCCUCCGUCCGUGUGUGCGAGGCCACGAGAACACCCGUCCGUUGCCACCAACCGUCCUGGAACCUCAAUGAAGCACUAGCCAGGUCGUCGACAGGGUGCGGUCUAUGGGGUCCUCCGAAAUAGGCAUGUCGACGAGCCUCGUGUUGCGCACGUAAGAAAAUCCGACCAGCGUAAUGUCGAGCGUGUAACCCGUGCCAGCCGUGCUUUUUCUGAUGCAGCCUAGUCAUCGCCCUCGAGACGCAUGAAACGCAACGUUUUGCUGGAAUGCGGCUAGGGAAUAUCGGGGAAAGCCCGGGUGAGCCGAGGCUGGCAGAAUCCCUGUCGUAUAAGCCCCAACGCGGCUGAGUUCAUAGGGACACGCUAUGCCUUAAUGAGCACUCCCGCACCUGGCGGACUUGGCCUUUCAACCCCGGUCGCCCAAUAUGGCGGGGUGGCCGUCUCUGUAAGUCGGCCGGGCGCUAGUCAGCAGCCACCGCCCGGAUUGC